AUGUAUGUUGUUUAUGAUUUGUGCCUGAAAGCUAAAAUCCUUCGAGCCAAGCUUCAAAAGCAAGGAAUUGAUGGUCCCGUGCCCGGUCUUGUUUAUGGAAAUAUUUCUGAUAUACAGAAGAUUAAGCUUAAGGUAUCUGCAGCAGAUGCUUCAACUUGCAAUUUGAACAAGCCACUGUCACUUGACUGUCGCUCUAUACUCCUUCCACAUAUCAGUCAGUGGACCGAGCAAUUUGGAAAAACUUUUACUUUUGCUCUGGGAAAGGUACAAAUUUUGUAUGUAGGACAUGGAGAAUUGGUGAAGGAGAUGAGUUAUUGCAAAUCAUUAGACUUGGGGAAGCCAUCUUACUUGCAGAAAGACAGGGGUCCUCUUCUUGGUAAAGGCAUUCUUACGACGAGUAAGGAGGUAUGGACUCACCAGAGAAAUACCAUUGCUCCUACUCUCUAUGUGAACAAAGUUAAGAACAUGCUUAGUAUAAUGCUUGAAUCCGGGAACACACUCGUCAAAUCAUGGGAGAAAAUGGUUGAAACUGGGAGUGGUAUUGCAGAUAUAAGAGUGGAUGAUUACGUGAAGAAUUUUACCUCAAGUAUAUUCUCCAAUGUCAUGUUUGGAAGAUAUGAUGUUGCACACAAAGGCUUAUUUUCCAAAUGUAGGGAUCUCAUGGAAGCUUCAGGAUCACCUACUGUACUCGAUGGUCGUCCUUUCUACAGAUUUUUUCCUACCAAGAGAAAUAAAGAGCAAAGGAGACUAGAAAAGGAAAUAUACUGGCUUAUCCUUGAAUUAGCAAAAAAGUGUAGAAUGAGGGAGGGUGAAAGCAUGAUACAAACUAUUGUGGAAGGUGCUAAGCAUGGUGAGCUUGGGUCAUCUACACCCCAAGAAUUUAUAGUUGAUAAUUGCAAGGAGCUCUGCAUUGUAGCAAUGGAUGUUCCCGGCAUUACUGCAAUUUGGGGUCUAAUGUUAUUGGCAAUGCAUCCAGAAUGGCAAGCUCGUGCUCGUGCUGAAGUAAUGGAUGUUUGUGGAGGCCAGACACCAGAUGCCGAAAAACUUGGCAAGAUGAGAGUACUCAAAAUGAUAAUUCAGGAAAUACUGAGGCUUUAUCCAGGAGUAGGAUUUACAGUCCGAGAGUCACUAGCAGAUGUACAAAUAGGGAAGAAGUUGUGUGUUCCAAAAGGUGUAAACAUCUGGAUAUGGGGAGCAGCUCUACACCGAGACCCACAGCUCUGGGGUCCAGAUGCUCUCAAGUUCAACCCAGAGAGAUUUGCUAAUGGGAUCUCCCAAGCCUGCAAAAUACCUCAGGCUUAUAUACCAUUCGGCCUCGGCCCACGAACAUGUCCUGGAAUGAACCUGGGCAUGAUGGAGCUCAAAGUUAUGUUUUCCCUGGUCUUGUCAAAAUUCUCACUCUCCAUCUCACCUAAUUAUCGUCAUGUUCCCAGGUUUGAUGUACUUCUAGAGCCUAAGUACGGGGUCAAUCUCAUCGUACGCAAGUUGUAA